ACAGGCGGCAGCCAGCGGAGCGGGCAGGGCGGGGGGAGGAGAAGGAGGAGGAGGCGGCGGCGGCGGGGCUGGGAUGAGUUGGAGGCAGCCGCGGCCGCAGCCUGCGCGCAGGGAGGGAGGCGGCGCGGCGCCCCGCGGGAGGCCAGCCCCGAGCGGGGGCCGGGGGGAGGUCACGCUCAGUAUUCACAACCAGAAGGAAGAGGAAGAAUCUCCUGACUCCCUGGACAUCAAGGAUAUUGCUAUGUUGUAUUGGUGAGCGUGCCUGAGGGGAAAGAACACAAGAGAGGAGAGACAACUGAACGCCACCAUUGGCUGGGACCUGAAAAAAUGGUGCUGGAUGAACAGAGGAUUAGAACUUAAUUGUAAAACGGAAAUCGAGUCUUGGUGGAUGAUUUUCUUCAUUUCCACACCCACCAUGGCCCAGAUCCUGUGGCUGGCUGGUUGAUGGGACUGUCCAGUGCUCGCUGCUUGGAUUCAGUGCAGAUAUCCUCAGUGCCUACGGACUGAAAGACCUGGGAUCAGGUGGCAAUUGGAUGGUGCCAAAUCCAGGAAUGGAAAGAGAAAUGGACUCUGACGAGCGAAGAUGGAAGUGACUUGACAGCUCCAAGCUCAGCAGUUGUCUCCAGUAAGGACAGGUUAAGGUUGGAAUCACAAGCUUCGCUGGGAGAGCAGUAUGCAGGAAGCUGGUUUUCAGGCCACAAAUGCUUUCACAGAGUGCAAAUUCACCUGCGCCAGUGGUAAAUGCUUGUAUCUUGGUUCAUUGAUUUGUAACCAACAGAAUGACUGUGGGGACAACAGUGAUGAAGAGAACUGUCUGCUUGUAACAGAGCAUCCACCUCCAGGCAUCUUUAGCUCUGAACUGGAGUUCGUUCAAAUCAUCAUUAUCAUUGUGGUUAUAACUGUUAUGGUGGUAGUGAUCAUCUGCUUGUUGAACCAUUACAAACUCUCGACGCGCUCCUUUAUCAACCGACAGAGCCAAAGCAGAAGACAGGAGGAUACUUUGCAGACAGAAGGGUGUUUGUGGCCUUCGGAAAGCUCGGUUUCACGCCAGGGUGCUUCAGAGAUUAUGUACGCUCCAAGGUCCAGGGACAGGUUUACCGCCCCAUCUUUUAUGCAGCGGGACCGUUUCAGUCGCUUCCAGCCCACUUACCCGUACAUGCAGCAUGAGAUUGACCUUCCUCCAACCAUUUCCCUCUCGGAUGGGGAAGAACCGCCGCCAUACCAAGGCCCCUGCACCCUGCAGCUCCGGGACCCAGAGCAGCAGAUGGAGCUCAACCGGGAAUCUGUCAGGGCACCGCCCAACAGAACCAUUUUUGAUAGCGACUUGAUAGACAUUUCGAUGUACAAUGGGGGCCCCUGCCCACCGAGCAGCAAUUCGGGCAUAAGUGCAACCAACUAUAGCAGUAAUGGAAGGAUGGAAGGACCACCCCCGACGUACAGCGAGGUCAUGGGGCACUACCCAGGCUCCUCGUUUUUCCAUCACCAGCACAGCAACGCUCCUCCUUCCUCGCAGAGGGGGAGCAGACUUCAGUUUCAGCAGAACAAUUCAGAGAGCACAAUUGUCCCCAGCAAAGGCCAAGACCGGAAACCAGGGAACCUGGUCUAAGUCACUCUCCGAGGUGCGUUUGGACUGAAGACAAGAGAUUGAAGAAGGGCGGCGGAGGAAGAGCCCCGUGCUCCGGUGCACAAUGUUGUUAACAUUUCACGUGGUACAACUUAACUUAGUAAAACCAAACGUGCAAACCAGUUGUUUGUUUCUGAUUCCUUUCAGGGGAAUUGCAUGCAAAGCAGAUCGAAAGAAAUACAAACUUCCAUUCAGUUUGUCUAUGAGCAGUGUUUCGGGGGGAGGGGGGGAGGGAGGGGAAUAUAUUAUUUUUUUUUAAUAAACUAUUGCAAUUAUUUAAUUCUAAAAAUAAACUUAGCACAGAAAUGAGGCUUGUACAGCCGAUUUUGUACUCACUGAAUGGCAGAAAGACAAAGGCUUUGCUAGUUAAAUGGGGGAAGAAUUGGCCAGUUUGCUUUUUUUUUUCUCCCAGGGUGUGCAUUUUUUUUUUGAAAUAUGAAUCAAAAUUUCUGUUUUGUGUGCCAAGGUAUAAAGUUGAGAACUUAGAUGAAUGCAAGGAAUUAAUUUGUGUUGUGAUAAAUGUGUUUUAAAAAGUUGCACUAUCUUAAUGUUUUAAAAAUUAUAUAUGAGGGAACUGUUUUAUGUGAAGUUCUUCUAUAUGUUGUCUUUUCACCUGUGGAAUAACGAUUGAGCCCCAGAAGUGAUCUGGAGGAGUCUGCCCCCCUCCCCCCAGGUUUGCUAGAAAAGGGGACAGGACUUAGCCUAACAUCUCUUGACUUACACAAAUCGAGAAAUACAGGGACACUUAACUUGUCGACUUUGCAAUAAUUUGCAUCCGAGUAACAGCGCAUCAAUGAAGUGUCUUGGAGACUUUUGGAUGGAAGAAGGCAAAUGUGACAUCCCAGCAUUUUCCAUCACUUAGGGUUUAGCUAUUUUGCAGUUUAGACUUGUUUGUUUCAUAAGAGGCAAAACAAAAGCCCAGAUGUGUUGAUUUGUAUUGAUUCUAACGAAGUGCUGCCAUUCUUUUCAUAAUGCAGUAUCGCCAGUACUUAAGAUUGUAGAGAUUUUUGUUCUCACUGUAGCCUGAAGUGUAUUUAGUCACAUAUCAUGACAUUAUGCAAUAAAUUGUUUAAAACCCAAGGUGGGUUUUUUCCCCUGUAAUGCUGUUAACAUAUGUGAGACUCUGUUGUGCUUUGCGCUCUCCAUUGCAUCUUUUAGACACUGAAGUUCAGCCCUGGCGAUCCAUCCCAUUGGAGUGAAUGGGCCUGGGUGGCUGCGACCCCCGCGUGGUCUCCGCAGCAGUGCUGGGGGCUGGCAGGCGGGUUGUUGUGUUGGCCUUUGGCUCUGGAGGCUGUGGUGGGAGCCCUCCUCUGCGCACGUCAUCCCGUGGGCGCCAGCAGGACUGUGCUUAUGGGUGGAGGUCACUCGUGUAGUAACGAAGCGUCCGUAAGCCCGGCUUUUGUCACGCUGGUCUUAAAAGUAAUGGGAAGGUUUUGCCUGCUAGUAAAAUGGCGCGCGGGGCGCUUCUUCCCUACCUGGUUUUGUGUGGAAGCAAAUGCGGCACUGGAAGGCAGCUGGUGAAUGGUGGUGGUGGCAGCACAAGCACAUGAAAAAAGCACAACUUGCACUUAAAAUGCAUUUUGGAAAUGGACUUAAAGUAAGAACCUAUGGAGUCUUAGUUUGAAUAGUUUCUAAUAUAUGUGUGUGUGUGUACGCGUCAUCGACUCUUCACCUUUUCUACCCCCUGAAGCCUUGUGCUUGGUGCCCAGGUGCAAGCGCCGGGUGCACCGGGUGCCGGCUCCUGCGGCCGGAGACUGGACUUCUGCAUGGCUUCUGGCUGGGCACCUGAGGCGAAUCUUUGAUCUAUGCAGAGUUUUAAUGCCAAAACAGUGUGCGUGUCUUGGGUGUGCGUGUGUGUCAUGUGGGCCUCAGCACAGGUUGUUUUCUUCAUAAGCUAAUUUGGUUUCAUGCUAGUUUAGGAAACGUUUGCAGAAGGCAAAACCAACCAGUGUUGAUUUUGGUCUUCGGUGACUUUUGCUGUCCUUGGGAAGCGAGCUUUGGCCGGACAGUGCGUGUGCCUACGCAGAUCCUUUGCGGUUGCCUCAAUAAGGGUUAUUUAGCCAAGAAGCCUUUAGGCGAGAGCAGCUGGAACUCCGUGGUUGUGUCUGAGCACGCCUGGUUGGGGCCCUGGGGUUGGACUAGUUGAACACCAGCAUCUCCCCGUGUGCAGAUCUCACAGGAGCGAGCCUUGGAGUUGCCUUCAGAGUAACCUCUUGGGAACAUACUUUCUUUGAAGUCAGCCCUUUGCCAUCCUUUGACAUCUCUGUAUGCCCGUGAAUUUCUGCGUAUUCCGUUCAUGUUCUUGGGCAUGAUGGUUGUCUCAGUUCCUUGAUUGAAGACGUUUUUCUGUGUGUGGAAAAUGUGAGCUGUUUCACCCGUUCUGUAGAAAAGAGUAGUGGGGAAAAAAACACCUCUUAAUAUUUGCUCACCUAACGGUUGCAUUUCCUCCUACAUCUUUGCCUUCUAGUUGUGUUUUUCUGUGCAAAGCUCGCAUGCAGGCAGCGUGCCCAUCAGUAAGGAAUAGUAAUGGCCUGGUGCUUGGUGCAGGCGAGCUGUCAUCCGCUGCUUUUGUUUGAGAGCCUCAGACGGGAGUAAAUGCGCUAUUUCUGAAUAAAUAUUAAGGGUCUUUGAUGGGAAUCCCAGCAACAGUGUAACAUUGCAGAAGUGUGUGCUCCUUUUUUGUUGUUGUAGUGAGAGGGAGUGUGCCUUUGCACCAGAAACAAAUAACGAAUAGUGUUAUUAAUACUUACAGGUUUAGAAAUUGGUAUUCUCUGAAUGCAGGUAAUUCUGUGCAGCAUUUGUGGAGAAUUCCCUUUGAAAACAUCCAGAAUUAGAAAGCAGCGUUCCGCGGCCACUCAGAUGUAACUGUGUAGGCUAUUAAAGAUUUCAGUAAGCCUUAUAGGGUUAAUUAUGUAGAUUACAACUCCAUACUGGUGUUCUACCAUGCACAGAAAACACAUAAUGCACACGUGGAGUGUUCUGUCUGAUCAAUCCUAUUAGCCUGAACUCUGGCUGCAUCUCCUGAUCUUUGCCGAAUAAGCCAUCUUCCCAAAAUUCACUCCGAUGUCCCCAGCUCAGAAAUUUUCAUGCUAAAAGAAUUAUUUUUUUAUUACGGAUUAAAGCAUGAUGACCUCUCCUCUGUCUACCACAAAGGUUAGUUCUUCCCUUUAGCGGUUUGGCACGGGUCCCUUCUUGGUGCUAAAUACAUCUGUGUUUUCCUGUGAUCCUGCAGGGCUGGAUGUGCAGGGUGCUCAGCCAUAGGAAAAAGGUUUGGGGAGGAAUGUGCUUUCCUUGCGAUGGAGGAGGAAGCUGCGUCGUGGCGGCCUCUCCCAGCCCUGCCAGGCGGUGCGGUGCUGGGCCUGCAGGCCGACACCCCGGUACUGGCUGGAGCAUGGGGAUGCUCUGGAGCAGAUGGGCUGCUAGCGUUCUGCUGACUCUGAGCCCUGCACACUUAAGCAGGUGGAAAUUGAUGUUCUAAAACUGUUCUCUCUGCUUUUUUGUUGUUGUUGUUUUGUUAUUUUUCAAGGUUAAACUGUAUGCUUGCUGGUACGUUUGAAGGUAUUUAUGAUUGUCCCCAGGCUCUCUCUGGUCGUUACCACUGAGUCGUGUUGAUGUGCACAUGUGUGUAUACAUACCUGCAUGCAAAAUUGUGCCUGUGACCUGUUCAUUCAUUCUCUGUGUAUUAGUUAUUAUUCCAUAAUCACCUCCCAGAAAUGCUAACUGGCAUUGUGCUCCCAGGAACAAUGGCAGGUCGUUUGUCACAAACAGCGGGAGGCACGAGGACUAUUUGUUUCUCACUCCUGUAGCUGUGGUGCCCUGUUUCUGUCAGUUGGGAAGUUUUGCUGAGUGGAUCCUUGCCCGUGCCCUGGUGUGCUAGUCCAUUCUUCCAUCCAACUGCUCUCCUUUUUUUACACCGGGCUUUGAGAAAUCUUCAUGCUUUUGGGACAGCGCUAAUGUAGACCUCAUGUGAUGAUGUACGCAAAGCAAAUGUAAUUCAUAUAUUCUUUAAAUCUCAGAAGCAUGCUAUUUCAAACUCCACUGAUGCUAAGAACCAAGGGAUGCAUUAGUGUACUGGGUUCAGAUGAAGGUUGGCUUUUGAUUACAUCUUUGGUUUUUAGAUAAAUACUGUUAGGAAGAAUUGAAUUAUGCAUCAAUGUCCUGUGUUGCCUGCUUGCCACCCAGCAUGAUUAUAACUGCUCUUCUAAACUACCCCAAAUGUGUCAGUUGUCUUAAAUCCCCAGAUAGGAGACCAGCUGAAGUCCCUUAGAACGUGGAAAAAUCCCUUGUGAGGGUAUGUUGGAUUUACAGAGGUUUCCUGCCCAAGCUCUCUGUAUUUCCUCUAUUCCAUAUUAGGAAACUGAAGCUCAAAGUUUUGAGAAUGGCCCAGCUGAAAAGGUUGGUAAGAUUUUUUUAUACUUAAUAGUUUACCAGCCUGUGUUCAUCAGUCAGGGGUGCAAGUUACCUUCUGGCUCACCUCUGCUUGCUGUCACUGUGCUGGCAAAAGCCGCACUGGGCACACUCACACCAGCAAAAAUAAGUCGUUUUAUUGGUAUGGCUCCACUUGGGGAUUAGCAGGAGCUGCACCACGAAAUUCAGCCUCCAUGAGCAACGCUGGAGCCCGUUGUCUCUUCCCAGCGAACUCUUUCCUGUGUCGCAGGCAGCUCCGUUUGGAUGAAGUCCCUUACCGUGCCGGUGAGCAGGAGGCUGCUGGUGUUCCCUUGAAAGAGUCACAACCAUUGGCAUUAAACGCAUUUCAGGGCCAUCCUGCUUUCAAAGGAAAAACAGUGUGAUUUUGUACUGAGACGUGUUGCAAACUCUCCUGGCUUUUCCUUCUGCCUUGCUGUUUUCUCCCCAUUUGCAGACUGAGCAAAAGCAACUGGAUAGCGCUGGUUCUGCUUCAGCGCCGGCAGAGCUUAUUUUUAUGUUGGUCAACAGUACAGAAACAAACUCAUAACCUAGAAACUUCCCCUUCACCCCAACAGCCGCCCUCUGUGUGAUUUACUGCCGGAGAUGACUCUGUCAUUUCUUUGCUGCAUUGCUGCUGCUGCUGCUGCUGCUGCUGUUUUACCUGAUUUGGUAUGUGAGCUUUCUGAGACGGUGUGGGAUGUGUAGGAUCUUGGUGACGAAGCUGUCUCGUUUCUUCUUCCUUUCUCUCCUUGGUUCGUGCUUGUCUGUCUGCUCUGGUAGGGUUAUUAAUGAGUUAUCGACGUACGUGCUAGGUAUAAUUUUGAGGAGGUUUGCAUGUUGGUAGUUUGUAAGCAACUAAGGUGCCUCAUGUUCAGGUCUGAGCAGAUGGGAUCCCCUUGCACUUGAGGGCCUGACCCAACGCCCAGUGCCGUUGGUGGGAGGACUCUUGCCGACUCCAGGGGGCGUUGGGUCAGGCCUCGCGCCCCCACCUUUGUUGUGCCUCACUUAAAAUGGUGCUUUUUUGGUCGUCUGUCUUUUUCUUUCUGAUUUUGUUGGUUGGUUGGUUGUUUUUUUGUAUGGUGCUGUGUAUAACUUGAAUAUAUUAUGCACAUAUCCUACCCAAUGGGUAGAACAACAAACACACAAAAACAAAUAGAUGUUGUUAAUACUGUAAGAUAAUGUAUAGAUGAUACCAAUUUUAACACAAAAUAAUGGCAUAGACUUUGUGAAUGCCAGCUUCUGUGCUUGGUCCUCUUUUGUAAGAAGAUUUGCAAAUGAAUGCAUACAAAUGACAAAAAGUCUAUGUAUUUUAUUUUCCUAUUAAAUAUCACUAUAAUAUCAUAAGGGAAAAAGUUUGAACAAAUCCUUUUUGACUUGCCUGUGUAUAGCAAUUGGUCGUUGGAUGCAUCUUUGCUGUGAAGAUGUUUUUUUUUUUUUUUAAAUGUGUCACUUUAAGAAAAAGGAAAAACAAAACAAAACAAACGAAACCUCCACAGCUUUAACCUUGCAGCUAGAUGCUUCUCGUCUUGGUUGUUGCCUUGCUAUUGCUGAGUUGGACCAGUAUUAGUUACUACUACUCCAGCAGAUAGAUACAUUAUUUAUUAUCCUUGAUUAAGUUGUGGUGUUGCUUUUGUUUCUUUUCAACCUAGAAAUGGGCUAAAACCUUUCAGAUCUUUUUUUUGUCUGCGUCCUUGAUGGGAAGUGAAGCUCAGACAAGUGGGAACCGAUCUAGACCACCCCUGCAAAAUGAAAAGGAGGCCAACAAGAGUUGUGUGUAACCAGCCGGCCCUGCUGUGCUGCUUCCCCGCCGCCACGUGUGGUCUGAAGGCUCGGCCUGUGGCUGGGGACCCCUCAGCGCCCGCGUGGCUGCAGGGCUGCCAGCCUGAAGGGCGGGCAUGGAAAGCCGUGCUGUGUGCCCAGUGGAGCGCAGGCCUUGAGGCCCUGCUUUCCUCAUGCCGAGUGCUGACAGCAACAGCUGAGCCUAGGUCGAUACGUAAUAUGGCGGGAGGAAGGCCCCAGCCUGGUUGGAGCCAACGCGGUGUAGGGAGCCCUUUGUGCCGUGCGUUUCAGCUGGUAGGGUGCUGCUGGCCAGGGACAGGCCUGCCCGGCUGCUUGGGUCCCCCCGCACAUCCCCGUGCCCCACGCACUCUCGGCGUGGCUUGUUCAGUGAAGCAAAUACCUCAGGAAAACUAAACGUGAAGUUCUACUUUAGAGAAUUGCAGAUACUCUACUUAUUUUUCUAAGCUGUUUGUUCUAACUAUCCCAGGACGGUAGGUGAUGUACAAGUUUGUCGGUCCGAGACAGACCAGUCCUCUCGCUGAUGGGUGCCGGCUGAUCUCUCAUAGAUACCCCUGUCUGUACGUAACUUUUUAUACUUGUCAGGCUUUAACCACAGAUGUAACGUAGCGACGUGUCGGGAUGUCGUCGAGGCGGUGUUUUUGUUCGGUUUUCAGGUGGUAGCCCAGUGCUGUGAGAUCGCCUGGGGGCCGUACCCGGGGCCCGGUGAAGGCCGUGGUGAAGCCCUGUGGGCUGAGCAGCCCCUGGCUCCCACCUGCAGCGCUCAUGGCCAUGGCUCGGAGCGUGGCCCUUGGCCACCCCUUGUGGCUUCUCUGCCGACCUGAAACUCCAGCUACACAUUUGUCUGUAAAUAUCUUUUUAAAACCCCCCAUGGGCGUCCCGUGUCUGAAUGUUGAGCGUGGCUGUUCUGUUCUUUGUUUUAAAGAAAUCCGUAAGUUUUAUGGCCAGUUCCACAUCGUCAAGCCUGUGCAGGUAGUUUGUCUUCAUCCCUCUCUCUACUGAGCUAUUUUAUCAGUAAGCAUGUACCAUAGUGAAGUAUGCAUAUUUUACGACUGUCGUUUGUUAACUCAUUUAUUGUUUGCCAGGGCAUAGAGCAGUUGUUCUGGAAGUGUGUCUUGCCUGGCCGUGUCACGUCUCUGUUUGCACUGCAGAACAACUUCUGCGCAUGAAGGAAGAAAAGCAAACAACCCAGGCCUUGACUAGCAGGAGACUUUACAGAGCAAACCUUGUGCUGGAAGAACCUAAGGUGUGAUUUGUCGUAACAAAACUUGUGUAUUGAGUGGACCAAACAGGAGCACGUCUCCUUCCAGAGGCACUUAUUUGCUUUGAAGCUGCAGUGGCAAGAGCAGACUCUACUGAGUGUCUUCACAGCCGUGUUCACACUUUGCCAUUUCCCACAAAGCACAGGAGGCAGCCAGGAUGUUAGAAGAAGUAUAAGCAGAAGUUAGGAGAGCCUCAGGCAUCGUAGAGCCUGGACAGCAAAAAUAAUAAUAAUAAAAUCACCUUAAUAUCAUUUAACAACCUUUUCUACUUGCAGUACCAAGGCUAUGUAAGCGUUGUUAGGGAUUUUAUCUUUAUAGCUAUCAACUGCCCAAUGCUGCUGUGCUCAGAGCAUUUCAUGACGGUAUGCACAUCGGUCAGGCUGUUUUACUUAAAACUAACCACCCAAUGCCUGGUUUUAGAGUGUGGACCCUCUCUUUGUUGCUUCUUGCUAGUUAUUUUACAGUGUAAAAUGCUUUAUUGCUGUAUGGAUUUUUUUGUAUUUCCAACAUUGUGGCUUUCGAGAUCACAUUUUCAAUGUCUCUUAUUUUUGUCCAUUUUGUUUCAAGUUAUUCUGAAAUAUGUACAGCACUAUCAACAAUAUUUAAUCUUUCUUUUAAAUUUUAUUGUUGUAAAAACAAUUCUAUUAAAAACCAGUACUUUUUUUUUACAACUGUAUUGGGAUUUCUCAAUAGUUGUUCCUGUGACGCUAUGACAAACCUGGCUUGCUUUAGGUUUGGUUGUUUUUUUUUUUUUUUUUUACCUUAUUUUCCUUUUAACACAAUUAAUUUGUUGCUUAUUUUCCACCGUAACUCCCAGUUAUAUACAGGAAAAGAUUUCAACUGUUGUGUAUCUGACUCUUUUAAUUGAGCAAAUGGUGAUGUCCUAGUUUUUAGACCUAAGGUCUGUUAUUGCAAUACUUUUAAAGGAAGAUGUUGCUCUAAGUGCUGUUGUUAGUUUUAAAUACAGAUUUUAUGCUUGUUCUUAAUAUGCUGUGGUUAAACCAUAGCACAAAAUUAUUAAAAACCAUGAAAUGCA